CUUUUAAACUAGCAAAAUAUUUUUUUUUUCAGAAAUAAAACAAAGAAUUUUAAAUAAUAUAUUAAACUAAUGGAUACGCCAAUAAAUAAGGCACACUUCUAUGCUAGAAAGUCACUUCAUUACAUGGGAAAUGAAAAGUUCAAGUAUAUAGAACAAGCAAUCGAGAAUUUUCAACUAGCAUUGACUCAAUCCAGUAACACAAAGGCAAUAGACAGCAUAGAAUUACAAAUAAGGUACUAUGAGAAGCAACUUAAGCUGCUAAGUGCUCGAAAAGCUUUUUGUCAAAAGUCUGAAAAACACAAAAAUACAGAUGAAGAUGUCUCGUUCCUAACAGUUAAUGAGCACGUAGAUAAAUCCACAGAAAUUCAACUUGAUCUCCUUAAGAAUUUAGAAGACAGUUAUAAUGUUAUUGAAGAAUUAAAUAGGAUAGAUAAUGUACAAGUAUCGUCACAAGUUUCUCAACUUCAGAAUUUAAAUUCGCAAUUAAAUGUGAUGUUUCAUAAGCUCUCAAUAGCUGUCGAGAUGAUUCUAAAUGAAAAUGAACUUCUUCGAGAGAAGGUCAGGGAUAAUCCAAAAUCAGGCACAACGUGCAAUACAGGCAAACCGGAUGAAUUUAGGAGGAAUAUUAAUGAAAUUAUUGAGCAAAGAGACAGCGAUGAUUCAUCACCGAAUGAAGAAAUACAAGAAUUGCCACCUUUAGAAUUACCUUCAUUUAAUUUAGAUUCAUUAGAUGAUAAGUGAUUGUGGUGUUAUAAAUUAAAUCUAUUUUAAUAAAAUAUAAAAUGUUUAUUGCGUUGAUCAGAGCACUGUGUAAUGUUUUG